UUGCCGAAAUUUUAUUUUACAAAAAAGUUUACUCGCUUUUCUAUUAAGACCACAUACAAAUAAAGAAAUAAGAAGAUUAAAAACUAGAUAUAAUAGAUACACGGGUAAACGCAUAUCUAAGCUACAGGAAAAGUCUUCGGAUAGUUUGCAGAAUGUCGUGAAGACAUCAAGUUUCAGUAAUUUUGUUGAGUUAUGUGUGAUAUCCAGUGGUGGCCCAGGCACUCCAAAAUCUGUGAUUUUAGUCACAUCAAAUGGGAGUUUUGUAUUUAAUUGUGGAGAAGGAACUCAGAGAAUAAAGAAUGUUUGCUUCAAGAAGUUUGCUAGAAUAGAAAACAUUUUCAUCACUAAUAAGUCUUGGAACAAUCUUGGAGGAUUAUAUGGAAUGUCUCUAGGUUUAGCAGUAGCAGGUGUUGGAAAAGUUACUGUACAUGGACCUGUUGGAAUUGAAUCUGUAGUACAAAGAAAAGGCUAUAUGAUGCUUUAUGAUGAUAUCAACACAAAAUUGGAUAUUGGGAGACAAUCAAAAGCAAUGACAGGUUUUGAAAAUUCUGAUUUAAAUAUUGCCUAUGUUCCAUUAUUACCAGACAAGAAAGAAGAUCUGUAUUAUCCUCCAAAAGACCAAGAAUCUUCUAGUCCACUAUCACAACAGCUUCUUUCAUUUUAUACACCUUUAUCAGACCCAGAUUGUACUUAUGCCUAUAUCAUUAAGCCUAAUCCUAAAAAUCAAGUUGUAAAUUAUCAGAAGUGUAUAGACUUAGGUAUAAAUGACGUUUCCUUAGUAAAACAGUUACGUGAUGGAGAGAAUGUAACUUUAUCUGAUGGAAGAAUAAUGUGUCCCGAUGAUGUAUUAACAGAAAAAGAAAUUGCAAGGCCUAUUAUAAUUGUUGAAUGUCCAAAUGAAGACUAUUUGUACAGUUUAUUAAAAUCAGAGAAGUUAUCAGAAUGUCAAGGUGACAAUGACAAUUCAGCUGAAUUAGUGGUACACAUGUCAUCAUAUGACAUGGUCAAUAAUCCACAAUAUCAACAGUUUAUACAGAGAUUUCCCAGUUCCACAGUUCACAUGUUUCUGCAUGAGAAAACAAGUAAUAUGAUAUCAGAAGGUAUGAUACAGCUUCAAAGCAUACUGAAUAUGGUUCAUCCAGAUAUAUUUCCCAGAAUUCAUAUGUCAAAGCAGCAGACAGAAAAUUAUCAAAUGGAAAAUUAUAUCAUGGCUAAACCUUUCAUGAGAUAUUCAUACAGACCUAAACUUGGAAUAUCUGAUGAGCUUUGUAUAUCAGAUGAUAUUGAAAAUAAAAUGAGAACCAAACUUUCUAAAGAUGAGCAUUUUAUGAAGACUGUAACAGACUAUAAAUCUUUAUUGUCGACUAAACAGUUUGAAAAUAACAAAUCUGAGUAUCCUGAGGUUGCAUUUUUAGGAACAGGCUCUGGGUUUCCAGGAAAAUUUCGAAAUGUGACUAGUUUUUUAAUUAAUAUGAAUGAAGAAACAAGUAUUCUAAUGGACUGUGGGGAUGGUACUAUUAAUCAGCUGUACAUGAUGUAUGGAGAUAAAACUGAUGAAAUAUUGAUAAGCAUGAACUGUAUAUAUAUCUCUCACCUUCAUGCUGACCACCAUUUAGGAUUAACUGGUAUAUUACUUGCAAGGAAAGCAGCAUUAGAACGAGCUGGGAAGAAAUAUACUAAAGUUUAUCUAUUAGCACCAAUCAGAAUUAAAAGAUGGCUUCACAUAAUAAUUGAUAAAACACUUCAUAUGAAAUAUUAUGAAUUAAUACAGUUUGUACCUAAUGAAGCUUUCAUGAGAGAACCAUAUAGACCAGCUGACUAUAAAGAGGAACAGAAUCCAGUAUUAUGUCAGACUGUCAGAUCAUUGUUGAACUGUAAAGAGAUUGUAGCAGUUCCUGUCGCUCAUUAUGCAUGUGCAACUGGAGUAUCUUUGGUUCAUAAUUCUGGAUGGAAAAUAGUUUAUUCAGGAGAUACCAUGCCUUGCCAAUCACUUGUGGAAGCAGGUAAAGAUUGUGAUUUGUUAAUCCAUGAGGCUACUUUACAGUCAGAUAUGGCUGAAACAGCUCAAGAAUUACAACACAGCACUGUGAAACAAGCACUUGACAUAGGAAAUAAGAUGCAGGCAAAAUAUCAAAUAUUGACACACUUUAGCCAAAGAUAUCAUAGAAUGCCACUUAUUGAAGACAAUUCAUACCAUAAUAGAUUUGGACUGGCAUAUGACCUUAUGAAGGUAAAACUAAGUGAACUGAGUGUUUUGUAUGAUAUGAUUGAUCCACUGAAAGAAAUUUUCCAUGAGGAUAUUGAUCUUGUGAUGCAAGUACAUACAAGGAAGAAGAAAAGAUCUAAGCUGAUCAAAGAAAUAUCUCAAAAUUUGUUGAAAGAAAAAAGUUGAAACAAGUGUUCAGUACGAAGAGAAAGAGAGAAAUUCCAUAAAUCAUGAAGUAAAUUGAACAAAAAUAAUGUGUACAAUGGCAUACAAUAUAAGCAUAUGCAGGUAGACUUACAGGGAUGAUUUAAAAGGCAUGUGGUUUUAUGAGAUUAUAUGUUUUAUAUGCAUUAGUUGAUCAUCAAUAUAAGAUUGUCACAACCAUUCCUGAUCUCAUGGUACAAAAGUCAGUAGACAUUCUACGUUGCACAGAAGGUUCUUGGAAUAACCACAGUUACAUUUCUGUUGUAUAGCUGAAGAAGCUGACAAAUUGGAUGGCACAGGCAAAACUAAAAUGAAAAUUUUUAUGAAAGUUCUACUGUUUAUGUGUUAUGUUUUUUAUAUUAAAAAUUAUUUGUUUUA